AUGGAGAUCAUCCAAUUCGCGAGGAGGAGGAGAGGAUACACCAGGCUAUCGCCCAAAAACAGGGGCAAAAUGCAAGUGGCGAGAUUGGGAGGGGCGCCGAAGCGAUCGUGGCGGCUGCGGCUGGCGCCGAAGCUGCGGCUGAUUAGGGCAGCGUCGCCGCUGCGGCUGUGGACCAAAUUGAAGAACGCGUACGUCAACAUGAUGCUGAGGCUGGCUCAUAACUCUGGAUCUUCAAACAGCACCAACGUUUUUGGCGCUAAGAGAGUCCCCAAAGCCAGAGAUGCUCGCAUCACCUAUUCCAAUUCUGAGUUCGAGAAUAGGCUUAUUUUUGAGAUCUACAAAUCCAUGGUUGCUUCCUACGAGUUAGGCUACAAUAAAUAG